AUGCCAACCGGGGAAAUAUAUUCGAGACCACACACUGGUCAUCAUUCGAGAUCAGGUUCAACCUCUAGCUCGAGAAGGCCUUCGCUAACGAGAAGUAGAUCCUCUCUGAGACUUAUCAAGACAAUUAGUAUUGAUAGACAUAAAGAAGUUGCUCUUGAUUUUAGUGAUGGUGAAUUAGAUUUAAGUAAAUUGAACGACUCUUUGCAAAAAUUGAAGACUGAAGAAUUGAAAGAUAACUCAAUAUCAAAGGAAAUGACAGAAUCAAAACUACCGAUUUUAAGUGGGUUAAAAGUGGCGGUUAGUUCUGCAAAUCCUAAAAAUUCAUCAAAAAGUGAAUAUAUAGAGAUUCCUUACGUUAAGGCUACCUUGGAUAGCACUUUACCUACUGAAUAUUUGAAAAGAGAUAUACUAAAUGUUGCCCAUAUUUUACGUAUUAGAAAAUGGCAUUCUAAAAAUUCUUUAGAAUCGAAAUUGAACCCUGAUCAUUUGACUUUAACCAAGAUAUCUGGUGCAAUGACGAACUCAAUCUUUAAAGUAGAGUAUCCUAAAAUACCUUCCCUUUUAUUGAGAGUCUAUGGGAAAAAUAAUGAUUCUAUUAUUGACAGAGAUUAUGAAUUACAAAUUUUAGCAAGAUUAUCAAUUAGAAGCAUAGGACCAUCUUUAUAUGGCUGUUUUGAAAAUGGUCGGUUUGAACAAUAUUUGGAAAAUUCAAGAACCUUAGGACGUGAUAAUAUUAGAGAUUGGAAAACUUCUCAAAGAAUAGCAAGAAGAAUGAAAGAAUUGCAUUCGGGAGUUCCUUUAUUACGUUCAGAAAUUGAAUGCGGGCCUGCAAGUUGGAAUAAAUUAUUGAAAUGGUUAACUAUUCUUGAGACGAGAGGUAAAGACUGGGUAGCUAUCGAUGAAAAUAUCAAGGAAGCAUUCAAAUGUGAUAAUUGGGAACAUUUUAAGAAGAUAAUUCAUCAAUAUCAUGAUUGGCUAUAUAAACAAGAAAGAGCAAAACCGCCUUUGGUAUUCUGUCAUAAUGAUGCUCAAUACGGGAAUCUAUUAUUUACCGCACCAGUCGUAGAGAGUAUAGAUACGGUAAAUCCCGUAGAGAGUAGUGCUGCAUCGGUUAGCUCCGCAACUUCUAACUCCUCAUUGUUUCCAACAUCUUCCGGUGUCUCUGUUGAAAAGAUCAUUAAUCCAACGAAAUUAGAACAAAGUCAAGAUUCCAAACUUGUGGUUAUUGAUUUUGAAUAUGCUGGUCCUAAUCCAGCUGCUUAUGAUCUUGCUAAUCAUUUGAGUGAAUGGAUGCAUGACUAUAGUGGAACUUAUCCUUACAAAUGUAACCCAGAUGCUUUCCCAAAUAAAGAACAAAUGUUGAACUUUUUAUAUUCGUAUGUUUCUCAUCUACAAGGUGGUGAUAAAGAUAAUAGAAAGACAGUUAUUGAUAAUGAGGUCAGGUACUUUUAUAACUCAAUAAUUAGAUGGAGGGCAACUGUACAGUUGUUUUGGUCAAUAUGGGGUAUUUUACAGAGUGGUACAUUUGAACCAGAAACCGAAGAGCCUCUUCAAGAAUCUAUCGGGCCUAAUGGUGAAAUAUAUAUAAUUAAGACAGAAGAACCGGCAGAUGCUGUACAACCGACUGCCACGGAUGAGGAGGACCAGGAUGAGGAGGAUAGUGGUGGUGUUAAUGUCGAUACUUUCGACUAUAUAAAAUAUUGCAGCGACAAAAUAUCUGUAUUCUGGUCGGAUUUGGUUGGGUUAGGGAUCAUCGAUGAAUCCGAUUGUACUAUUACACACUUUAAUGUUUUGGAUGUUAACAUGAUCUGA